GCAUCUGUGGUGUCCCAGUUCUUUUAUAGUUCCUGUUGUUAAUUGGCUAAAGUAAGUUCCUGCUAUUUUGUGUCUAAACUAGAUUUAGUUAUUGAUCACUGCUCAGUGCUGUAAAUGGUGCUUUAUCAGAACCAUCUAGUGUAUUAUGGCUGGAUCUUCAGAGGUGGGACCACAUACUGCUAGCAGAUUUGGCCGUAACCAAACAUGAGUGACACUUCUACAUUUGGGAAUUAUUACUUCUGUCUGAGUGGAGAGAAAUACCUGCCCAGAAAUUCUCCUCAGCCCUGUUUAGGGAAUAGGAGACUCCAUGACCAUGUUGACCAGUCUUCUGCUUCUCAGUGCUGCCUUUGCUCUGGGAGAUGCACAUUCACUUGUAGAAGAAGACGUGUGUCCUUCCGGUUGGAUCAAAUAUGGAUCACGCUGUUUAAUGUUUGUAAAGACUACAAGGAGCUGGCCUGAAGCAGAGCGGUACUGUGUGUCCCUUGGUGAUCAACUGGUGUCUGUACCCAACGUUGUGAAGUACCUUGGCACAAACCUGGCAUCUGUGCACAGCUCUGAGGAGGACCAGUUUCUACAGGCAUUGGUCUUGGUCAAGACUGUUAGUUUCCCUCCUACCUGGAUUGGAGGAUUUUAUUCUGUUAAGGUGUUAGAGGAAAGAACCAUCGCCUUCAGGACAGGCGAUGGUUCUGGAGUGAUGGCUCCGACUUUGAUCACCAGAACUGGGCUAAAGGAAGGCCUGGUGCGGGUGCCAGAGAGACUUGUAUUCACAUCCAUUUUGGAGGUCAGAAGCGCUGGAACAAUGCUUUAUGUGGAAUGAGCUUGCCCUCUGUGUGCUCCCUGAGACUCCUGCCUCUCCGCCAGACUAUACAUUAGAAGCAGCAAUGCUAUUCCAUAGUGUCUGCACCCUUAAUACUUCAUGGUAACGUCAAAAUACUUAGUUGCUGUUAAAUGAAGUCUGUUUCUACACAAAUGUUGAGGAAUUGUUUGCAGCCAAUAAAAUGUGGAUGCAA